AUGGGUCGGAAGCGUUCGGCCUGCGGGGAGCCGCGCCGGCGCGAGCCUCGGGGACGGAACGCUCCGGAGGAGAACCCGGGCCGGCGCGAGCAAGAGGCAGCAGAUGUCCUUGAAGAUGAGAAGCCCCCAAAGAAGACCUUGCUUUCUAAAGUCUCACAAGGAAAAAGAAAGAGAGGCUGCAGUGAUCCUGGGGCCCCUGCUGCUGCUGGGCCAGCGAAGAAGAGAGUGGCCAAGAGGACUGUUCAGACCCGACACCUCGAGGUGGCUAAGGAUGAAGCGCUCGAUGAUGGGAAAGAGUUCAGGAACUCCCUGGGUCCCCUCAAGGUGACUGGGCAUCCAGAAAGAGAGGCCGCCCUGGACACAGGCAGCAGCGAAGGGGAGAACGAGGAUGAAAGUGACGAUGACUGGGAAGAGGUCGAAGAGCUUAAUGAGCCUGUGCCAGGUGACUUGGAGGACAAUGCAGUCGUCUCUAAAUCCGUUCUGCCUGUGAAUCCCGUGGAGAUAGAGAUUGAAACACCAGAGCAGGCUAAAACAAGAGAAAGAAGUGAGAAGAUGAAAAUGGAGUUUGAGACCUAUCUGCGGAGGAUGAUGAAGCGUUUCAAUGAAGGCGUUCAUAAGGACACACAUAAGGUUCACCUCCUGUGCCUGCUAGCAAAUGGUUUCUAUCGCAACCGCAUCUGCAGCCAGCCAGAGCUGUGUGCUAUUGGCCUCUCCAUCAUCCCACCCCGGUUUACCAAAGUGCCUCUGGAAGAUGUGGACGUCGACUACCUCUCCAGCCUGGUGAAAUGGUUUAUUGGAACAUUUACAGUGAAUGCAGCCCUUUCCACCAAUGAGCAAGAUAGUCUGCAGACUACAUUGGAAAGAAGAUUUGCCAUUUACUCUGCACGAGAUGAUGAAGAAUUGGUUCAUAUAUUCUUACUGAUCCUCCGGGCCUUACAUCUUCUUACCCGAUUGGUGCUGUCUUUACAGCCAAUUCCCCUGAAGUCCUCAGUAGCAAAGGGGAAAAAACCUUCCAAAGAGGGAUGCAAAGAGGAUGCUGGAGGCUCCUCGGGAACUUCCAGCCAAAGUCCAGGAAAUCAAACUAAGCCAAAGACCCCCCAAGGAACUCCACCGAAAGAACCCCUUCCUAAGGCCCUUGGCAAGUCCACUGCCAAAGGGAAGAGGAGCAAGGAAGCUCCAGGCAAAAAGCAGCCGAGACAGCCCCCCUCCAGUGAGGACGAGGGCCCCGGAGGAGCGCAGAAGACCCCAAGACAGCGGCGGGGCCGAGGGCGGCAAGCGGCUGCCCGGGUCUCCUACAAAGAGGAGAGCGGGAGUGACCAGGCCAGCGGCGGCGGCUCGGACUUUGAACUGUCCAGUGAGGAAGCCCAUUCUCUGUCUGAUGAGGUUUCGGACCCUGGCGUUCGGAGGCAGAGGCAGGCUCCUGCUCCUGCAAGAACAAAGAGGAGGUCCAAGGGGGACUCCUGGCCUGGAAGCGAGCCUCGAGCAUCCUCAAGCACUUCUGGCAAAAAGAGAGGCCAGAAAGGGUGCUGUGUUGGUAAGGAGAUAGAAAAAAGAAAACCGGCUGGUGUUGACCAAUGGCUGGAGGUGUUCUGUGAGCAAGAGGAGAAGUGGGUGUGUGUGGACUGUGUGCAUGGGGUGGUGGACCAGCCCCUGACCUGUUACAGAUAUGCCACGAAGCCCAUGACCUAUGUUGUGGGCAUAGACAAUGAUGGCUGCGUGCGGGAUGUCACCCAGAGGUAUGACCCAGCCUGGAUGACAGUGACCCGCAAAGGCCGGGUUGAAUCCACGUGGUGGGCCGACACCUUGAGGCCGUACCAGAGCCCACUUGUGGACAGAGAAAAGAAAGAAGAAUUAGAGUUUCAGGCAAAACACCUGGACCAGCCUUUCCCCUCUGCCAUUGGCUCAUACAAGAACCACCCCCUUUAUGCGCUGAAGAAGCAUCUUCUGAAAUACGAGGCUAUCUACCCAGAGACAGCUGCAAUCCUUGGGUACUGUCGAGGAGAAGCAAUCUACUCCAGGGACUGUGUGCACACCUUGCACUCGAGGGACACGUGGCUGAAACAAGCGCGAGUGGUGAGACUGGGAGAAGUGCCCUACAAGAUGGUGAAGGGCUAUUCGAACCGGGCCAGGAAAGCUCGUCUGGCCGAGCCCCAGCUGCAGGAGCAAAAUGACCUGGGCCUUUUUGGCAAGUGGCAGACAGAGGAGUACCAGCCCCCUGUGGCUGUGGAUGGGAAGGUACCCCGGAAUGAGUUUGGGAAUGUUUACCUCUUCCGGCCCUGCAUGAUGCCAGUCGGCUGUGUGCAGCUGAAUCUGCCCAACCUACAGCGUGUGGCCCGCAAGCUAGACAUUGACUGUGUACCAGCUGUCACCGGCUUCGACUUUCACGGGGGCUAUUCCCACCCAGUCACGGACGGCUACAUUAUCUGUGAGGAGCAUAAGGAAGUGCUCCUGGAUGCCUGGGACCGGGAGCAGGACCUCAUUGAAAAGAAGGAGAAAGAGAAAAAGGAGAAGCGGGCUCUAGGGAACUGGAAGCUGCUGGCCAGGGGCCUGCUCAUCAGAGAGAGGCUGAAGCUUCGCUAUGGGACCAAGAGUGAGGCAGUCGCUCCCCACAUAGAUGCCGGGGGCGGGCUCUCUUCCGACGACGAGGCGGGCACCAGCUCCCAAGCAGAAGCCACCAGGAUCUUGGCAGCGUCUUGGCCCCAAAACCGAGAAGCUCACGACCAGAAGCAGCAGUGCCCUAAGACCAAAAGGAAGAAGAAGGAGAUGACGUCCCAUCUGUUUCCCUUUGAGAAGCUGUGACGCUGUCCCCUUCUGCGCUGAGGCAGGUGCCCAGGCCCUCGCAGCACUGACUGUCCUGCAGAGAAGAAAAAAACAGCCACGCCGGUUUGACCUGGCUCCAGCCCACGUUCGACUUACUGACUUACCCAGAAGGCCUUCAAAGCUUUUUGCUACCAAGCCUUAGCCUUUGAGCGAUGGCAAGCUUCCCAGGAGACCCUGUCCUGCCACCUAGUCCACGUUGGGCUUAUCUUUGGUGAUGUGGGUCAGUUUUUCUAUAGACACCACCGGGGACAUAGUCGACAACGAUGAGUCGACCGGCACAUCAUCUUUUCUCAACACAUCUGCUAAGUUCCCCACCCGGCAAACACUGCUUUUGUCUGUCUGACGGACUUCUGUGAAGGCCACGUCCUUUCUCCUGAAUCAGCUAUCUUCUGGUGCUGCUACUUGUCUCUGGUCAGUUACACGGAGCGGGAGUGCAGGGGACUGUCAGUCGUGGUGGUGGAGGAAUCUGCUUUCUGAAGUAGCAUUUUGUGCUUGUAGAAAACUAGAACUAAGAGUUAAAA